AUGUGCGAGGAAGGUGAGAUGGGUAGGCGGCUUAGGAGGCUGGAUGUGGCUAGUAAGGUAGCUGGUGAGCCUCUUGAGCAAUCGGACCCGCUUCAGCCGUUCUUCUGCGGUUCGCCACCAACGCGAUCCGCUAACCCGGUUGUUCUCGACACCCGGUUCAGCGAGACCAUUCCGCUUCGACCGGCCCAAUGCGUUUCAGAGUCCGAUUCAGAAAACCCCCAAACCGGGUUCGAUCGAACCCGGUUCGGCCCCAGUCCUGCGGCUGUACGCAUUGAGGGUUUCGAUUGUCUCGGUUGCAAUUGUAGCUGUACACGUGGCAUCCCAGCCGUUGCUUAG